GCGUCGGUAUUUACCAACACUGUUUGACAAAAUCAAAAUACAAAAUGUUGCGUGUCUUGCAAAACUCGAAAUAUGCAACAGGUGUCGGGCAACAGGUCCUUCGUUUUGCCAGCACUGGAGCCACCGACCUGGUCCUGGUCAAGGAGCAGAAUGGCGUGCGGGAGAUAACGCUGAAUCAUCCAAAAACCCUGAACUCCCUGUCCCUGGAGAUGAUGACUGCCCUGCAGGAGGCUUUGCUGAAAGACAAGGACAGUGUGGAUCUGAGAUGUGUGGUGUUGGGAGCCCAGGGUAAAGUCUGGUCAGCAGGUCACAAUCUCAAGGAGCUCCACAACGAUCCCAAGAUACAGGCGUGUGUGUUCCAGAAGCUCACCGACAUUAUCAAUGACAUCCAAAAGCUACCGGUGCCUGUGAUUGGAAAGGUCAAUGGUUAUGCGGCUGCUGCAGGCUGUCAACUUGUUGUGUCCUGUGACAUGGUCAUCUGUUCCAAAACCAGCAAGUUCUCCACGCCUGGAGCUGGUGUGGGAGUUUUCUGUUCCACUCCUGGCGUGGCCAUAGCCCGCAUUAUGUCCCGACCAAAGUCCGCUUUUAUGCUGAUGACAGGCCUGCCCAUUAGCGGCGAAGAAGCCUUUAUCUCUGGAUUGGCUACUAAAGCAGUGCCAGCCGAGGAGCUGGAUAAGGAAAUAGAUGAGAUUACUGGCGCCAUCAAAGCCAAGAGCAGGGCUGUGAUUGCUUUGGGCAAGGAGUUCUACUACAAGCAGUUGGCCCUGUCCCAGAAGGAAGCCUAUGUAGCGGCCCAGGCAAAGAUGUGCGAGAACUUCCAAUUGGACGACACCAAAGAGGGCAUUGCUAGCUUCUUUGAGAAGCGGCCGCCCAGCUGGAAACAUGAGUGAUCAAUCGGAGCUUUAGUUGUUGGAACAAACGGACCAAUUGUGCAUUUAUAGGUGUAAAAUGUUGUUAUCUUUUAUCUUUUAAAUGAUUUUGACUAAUAAAAAAAGUGUUUUCAAAACUGAGUUAUAAAAUAAUAAAGCGUUUCCGACUCCCAAA